AUAAAACGCCAUUCAAACCGAUCCAGAGGGUUCCCUGACCAGUUUGCUGUUAAACGAGAAGAAGAAAAAUUAUGGACAGGAUACGACCGAACUUAGUCUGUCGCUAUCUUCUGCUGCUUCUUUGCGUCUCUGGUGCCGCUUUUCAUGAGACCGAGACACCUCUGCGUAAGGAUGAAUUCGACAAAAAUUCAACGCCCGUUACGGCCGUACAGCCAUACAGACACCCGAGAAUGUACCGGCGCGGAUACCAGGAAGAACACGAUUACGAACACGAUCAUCACGACGAUCAUAUGGACGAUCAGAAAGAAAUGAAGGCUAUGGCGCACUCCAACGUCGACUAUUGGGGCGGAUACUACGACUUCCUCAUCAACGAGGGCAGCUACAAGUUCUGGGCUGUGUUUCAACUGGCCACCGCGGCCCUCCUCAUCUACAGCAGCUUCGCAGCGCUUUACUAUGCUAAAGUGAACCCUCCGACCACGGAUGACGAGUUCGACGAUAUAUUUCGUCGUCGAAGAAAACGAAGAGCACUGUACGUGUCUCCACGUGACAUGCCUUUCUGCGGUUUGGACAGCGCCACGUUCCAAAGGAUAAUCGACGCCGUUUCCAGGGAAGUUCAUUGA